ACACUUCCACGCAGGAAAUAGCCAACAGUUAAAUUCCAGCUGAAACGGCCAACAUUUGAAGAUAGCGGACAAAUUGCAUUCUCGCUUUAGCUAACCGAACGCCUGGAGCAAAUACCCGCACCACAAAUGCAAAAUGAAUUCGGACCAAACAAUGCAGAUGCCAUCUGGGCCGCCGCCUCCCUCGCAGAGAGUUACAUGCGGCGAGUUCAGCGGAGACAGGGAGAGCUAUGGGGCUGCCGCGAGUCUGGGAUACGGCGGCAUACCGACAUCGUCCACCAGCAGUUACGGUUCGUUUGGCGUUCUCUCCAGCUUAUCCAGCGGUGGGACAGGUACGCCCACGUUGCCGCUGCUGUUGUCCACGCCGCCAUCGACAAGCACGUUUAAGACAACGCCGCUGCUGCCAAUGCCAACGCUGGAGGACAUUGAAGUAGCUACACAGCAGCAGCCGUCGGCGCCGCCACAGUCGCAGCCAACCGGCAUACUCAAGUACCCAACAGCAUCGAGCAUUGGCUACGUCAGCGAACUGUUGGCGCCGCCAGCUCCAGCCCUGGGCAGCAGCGCCAGCAGCUCCAUCAACAGCAACUGCGGCACACUGAAGAGCAACGCCAAGCUGCUGCCGCUUCAACUAGUCGCCAAUACGGCCCCCACACGCAAGGAGCCGCCAUCGAGCGCGCCCACAGCGCAAUCACAGCAGCAGCAGCGCCAGCGGCGGCAGGGCUGGUGCGCCUGCUUCGGGUCCGGGCCGAGUGCAUUGGAGGCCAAAACGCCGCACGGCUACGGCUCCAAGAACAAGAAACGCAAACAAACGGCCCAAACUGUUUGGUCUGCCCUUCUCACAAAUCUAGGCAUUUGCAUGCUCCUUUUGGCCUACACAUUGCUGGGCUCCUUCAUAUUCCUAACCAUCGAGAAUGAGGACUCGGCGCUGCUUCAUCAACAGCAUACGCUGGCAUCCACCAAGCGCAACAUGGCCGGCAAUAGCCACAGCAACACCAAUGGGAACGGCAAUGGCAUCUAUCAACAGCAAAGGUCGCCACAGACGCAGCCACAACAGCAGCGGCAGCAGCAAGGGCAACAGCAAGGACCUCACACGGACAAUGACACGAUGGCCGCUGCAAUUGCCCAGGGCCAGGAUCUGGGGCAUGAGCGUAGCGUCUAUGGGCAGGCAUCGAAUGACUUUGUUUAUGGAUUAGAUGACUCCGACAUGGAAGCGGGGCAGGCACAGUUUGCCUUAUCGCCGGAUACUUAUGAUGUACGACAGCGCACCAUUGAGAAUAUCUGGGACAUAACCGUGUCCCUAAACAUACUAUACAAGGAGAAUUGGACAAAAUUAGCCGCACUUGAAAUUGCCAAGUUUCAAGACCAAUUAAUCAAGAGACUGAACGAGGAUGUUAUGCUGCAAUUAUCACACGACGAUGUGGCUGGCGGACAUUCGGUUGCUGGCGGUGCUGCUGGUGGUGCUGGUUCAGCUGGUGGUUCAGCCAACAAUCCGGCCACGGAAGCUGUUCUUCUGCACACACACUUUCAUCAUCAUCGUCUUGCCGGCGGUGGCGUGGGUGGACCACCACAUGAAUGGAAUUUCGCCAAAGCGUUUUUGUAUUCGCUGACCGUUUUGACCACAAUUGGCUAUGGCAACAUCGCACCCCGUACGGCGCUUGGAAGAAUCGUAACCCUGGCCUAUGCCUUUUUUGGAAUACCCCUAACGCUGGUCUACCUGAGCAGCACGGGCAGCAUUCUGGCCAAAGUGGCGCGCGAGGUGUUCUCGAAGGCGCUGUGCUGCUGCCUGUGCUCCAACUGCGGUUAUUGCUGCUACGACGAGAAGCGGAUGGCGGAGAAGGAGCGACGCAUGAAGCGGAAGCGGCAGCAGGAGGAGCUGCGCAAACAGCAGGCGGUCAUGCAGGAGCCCUACUAUGUGCGCGAUGUGUAUCAUGCCACGCCCGAGAAGCAAGCUGGCGGCACAGUUGGUGGAGCUGGCGGCGGAGUUGGAGGAACCGGGGACAUUGAUUCGCUGAGCGCCAGCGAGUCGCGUGGCUCCAUGCACGGCCUGAGCAUAUUGGCGCCCAUUCUGCUUUGCUUCUCCAUGAUGAUCAUCUACAUAGUGUUUGGGGCAGCGGUUCUGUAUCGCCUGGAGAAUUGGCCGAUUAUCGAUGGCAUCUAUUUCUGUUUCAUGAGCCUCUCGACCAUUGGAUUUGGCGACAUGCUGCCUGGUCUAAGGCGCGAUUCGAAUGCCACCACCUGGUUCUGUUCGGUAUAUAUUAUGUCCGGCAUGACACUGACGGCCAUGUGCUUCAAUGUAAUCCACGAGGAGAUUGUCCAUCGCAUACGCAUUGUGGUGGAGUUCAAGAAGGCGGGCGCUGCCACAGCUGCCGGCACCGGCGGCUCAAUGUUGGAUGUCACACACGAGGAGGACACGCCCACAUCGCUGGUGCUCAAGGACUAUGUUAACCACGAGCUGGUGCCCAUUUUGACCAUGGAUCCGAAUGGCUCACGCCUGGGCCUGGCACAGCCAGCGCCCGUUUAUACGUCCGCGACCAACACGAAUCCAACUGAAGUCGCCGGCGAGAGCAACGCCCUGGGCUACUCAACGCUUAACAGUCCGCUGCUCGAAGGACUCACAGCGGGUGGAAGCGGGGGCGGAGGCGGAGGCGGGGGCGGAGGAGUCCCAUCACAGAUCAAAGCCGGCGUCUACACGCUGGCCGAGGAGACGGAGCUCGAACUGCAGGCCGUGCACACGGACACGCACGUGGAACGCGUCUAGAGCUGAGCAGCGGACAGUAUUAGGUCGUAGGUCACAUAGAAUUAGUCCAUAGUCAGUUUAAUGUGUACAAUUUUUUUUUGUGGGCUAUGCCCGGAUAAAAACCAGAAACCAAAAGCCUAGCUCUAAGUUUGACUAUCAUUGUAUAUAAAAAAACAAAAAGAAAAUCAAAGUAGCAAAAGAGAAAGAGAACACAUAAAAUAUGAGACAGAAAGAGAAAGGGAGAGCGCGCUUCAGCAGGAGCGAGGCGAAAGGAUACAUUUCCAUAGCUCGUAAGCAAAAUAACAAAAUAUUGGGCAGCCCCACGGCAUGCUACAGAAAUUAGUCAAUGUAGUAAAAACAGGAAAAAAAAACUUAAGAAAAAACAACAAAAAAAUCAGUGGAAAAAAACUAUUAUACAAUAAGCACUUAAAUACUACGUUUAUGCGAUGAAUUUCACGAUUUCUCUAAAAGCAGCUGUAGAUUUCUGCUUCUUAAACUUCGAGUUCGUUUUGAAGCAAUCUGGCAGCACGAAAUAACUGUAUGUAAACAUUGAGUUGGCAACGCCUGAGCAUUUCAUAAAUUCCAGCUAGCGCGUGAACAAAUAUUUAUUCAGCUGAAUUUGUGAAAAUGUCGGAAAUAUACAGUGAAAAAUAUUGUUUUAAGCUUUCGACGUAGCAUAAAAGAUAAAACUGUUUCGCGCUCUAAACAUUUGAAUACUACGUUUACGCGAUGCACUUCACGAUUUCCUGAAAUCUUUUCCAUAUGGAUUAGUGCUACUGAUUUUUUUUUUU